CGUCCAAGACAAGAUUUAAUUAAAUCUGCAGGUCAUUGUUCCAAAUCAGCACUUGAUAAGCGUGCAAAAGAUGUUGCAGCAAUGAUUAAAGAAACAUUUAUUCAAAAUUCUGUGUUUAAAUAUCAUAAAAAAGACUCUAUUUUAUUAAAGUCGUUUGAAUAUACUGUUAACGGCCAGAAUUAUUAUCUUAGCUUUGGAACAGAUAAUGCACAAAAAGAGUAUGAUAUUUUAAAUAUAGUUAAAAUAAUGGAUUCGAAUUAUAUUUCUCAUGAUGCUUAUCGAAGUUUAGCUGCAAUAGAUUAUCACUUACCACGUCAGAAAGUUAAACAUGUUAUGACCUUCAUGAUUCUUAAUGAUCAAGAGCACCAUCAUAUACCUAGUUAUCACCAUACUAUCGCGUUAUAUCCAGGAAUUGAGAAAUAUAAGUCGCUUGAGGUCAUAUUAAAUCCAUUUCUCAAUAAUCUUAGAGAUCUUAAGGUUAACGGGUUGGAGGUUGAAGACAAAUUUAUUGAACUAUAUAUGGUGAUGUGUAAUCAAGAUAGUGACCCUUUAUAUUUAAAGCAUCUGGCAUUCGAAUGGUUAAAACUUUUUCUAAAACCCGAUGAAAGAGAUCCAAAAAAUCCGCAAAAGGCCUCUAUUUACCAAAUCAUGUAA